AUGGACAGUAGAUUUCCGAAUGUGACCCAGCUCCAAGAGGAGCUGAAGAUAAAAGAUGAUCUUCUCCUGAAAGCUGCUCAAAAAGAGCUGGAGAUGACCAGGGCCUAUAUAAUCACCUCAGACCUGCUGGCUGUAAAAGAGGAGGAGGUUAAGCGCCUAAAAGAGGAGCUCCAGCUCAAAGACAGCCUCCUGGAAAGUGCUGUGAAGAAGGAGCUGGAAAUCGCCAGGGCUUGUGAGAUGAAGGAGAAGGUCCAUGACAACCAAGCCGAUGAAAAGCUGGAGGUGGGCAGGCUCCAAGAGGAGCUCAAGUCAACAAAAGAGCUCCUGGGUAGGGCCAUCAAAAAAAGGCGCAAAAGAACAAAGGCCUACCUAGAUACUUUGGACCUGCUCAACAGGAGGGACUUGGAGCUGAAGAGGACCGAGGAGCACUGGAGACUCAAGUGCAAUGAGCUGCAGAAGAGUCUCAAUGAGCAGACCAGCAACCUGCAGGUACUUCAGAGCUCAGAUAUAUGACAGUAACUAUAGAUCCAAAUAAUCUCAGAUUCUGUAGAAAAGAACUUCAACUUUUACUGCAUGAUCUAACACACAGUUUCUUUCUCAGCUCUCUUCUCAGAUACACCACCUCGAAAACACAGCUCAACAUCAGCUGGAGGAGGGAGAACAAGAAGAGGAGAUGGAGAAGAAAGAGGAGAAAAGAGAGGAGGAGGAGAAUAAACAAGAGGAGGAGAAGGAGAAAAGAGAGGAGGAGGAGAAUAAACAAGAGGAGGAGAAGGAGAAAAAAGAGGAGGAGGAGAAUAAACAAGAGGAGAGGAAGGAGAAAAAAGAGGAGGAGACAAAACAAGAGGAGGAGAAGGAGAAAAGAGAGGAGGAGGAGAAUAAACAAGAGGAGAAGAAGGAGGAGAAAAAAGAGGAGGAGGAGGCAAAACAAGACAAAAGAAGGAGAAAAAAGAGGAGAAGACAAAACAAGAAGGAGAUGGAGAAGAAAGAGGAGAACAGAGAGGAGGAGGAGAAUACAAAAGAGGAGGAGGAGGAGGCAAAACAAGACGAGAAGAAGGAGAAAAAAGAGGAGGAGACAAAACAAGAAGAGGAGAUGGAGAAGAAAGAGGAGAAUAAACAAGAGGAGGAGAAGGAGAAGAAGGAGGAGAAAAACGAGGAGGAGGAGGCAAAACAAGAGGAGGAGCAGGAGAGGAGUAAACAAGAGAAGGAGGUGAAGAACAUGUUAAAUGAAGAGGAGGAGAGAGAGAGAAAAGAGGAGGAGAAAGAGAAAAAGAAAGAGGAGCAGGAGGAGAAGAAGUCCCCUGAAGAGAAGGGGUCAAAAAAGGAUGAGGAGGAGAAACUGAGUGAAGGAGAGAUAUUGAGCAAAGAAAAACACGACAAGAAGAAGAAGAGGAAGAGAAGAGGACAGAAAAAACAAUAA